AUGACUGACCAACGCCAAAUCAUCCCGGGCCCCUCGCGGUCCUCCGACCACGGCAGCCCGCCGCUCAAAGAGCCGAAGCAUAACCGCUCGUCUUCCGCGGCGUCGAAUUCCAACUCCACAUGGAAAAAGAGAGUGUCUACUGCAUGCCUUGCAUGUAAGAAGUCAAAGCGGAAAUGCUCCGGCACCCCACCCUGCGAAAACUGCCGCGCCUUCAAGCGCGUCUGUAUCUUCGACGAAUCUCUCGACCAACGCCGCCGGGUCGCUGCAAAGCGCACCGCCGACGAGCUGUCCUACCAUCGCGACCUGCUAAAUGAUGUCUUUAAACUCGUCCGUGAAGCUGACGAGAGCAAGGCUCUCCAACUGCUGGCGAUCAUCAGGCACAAUGCCCCGCCCGAUGAGAUUCGCGCAUAUAUCCACGACACCCUGUCCAGCCUGGGCGCGUCAGAUAGGGCCUCCGUGGAGGCGGUGUCCAAGCUCGAGGAUAUGCAGAACUUGAUCAACAUUGAGGGGACCACGCCUGCAUUUCGACGCAAGGUGAUGGAUAUUCAUUACCUGUGCAACGAGGCGCCCAUUGAUGUGCCCGCGCAGCCGUGGACGACUGUGACGCAGGACAGCGAUCUGGUGUCGCAUCUGGUGUCGCUGUAUUUUACGUGGGACUAUCCGUUCCAUUCAUUUGUGGAUGAGGCCGUGUUUUUGAAGCACAUGGCCGGCGGGGAUAUGGGGAGCCAGUUCUGCAGCCCGUUUCUAGUGAAUGCGAUGCUGAGCAAUGCCUGUUAUUUCUCCGAGUUUUCCGAGGCGUAUGUGGUUCCUGGGGAUAUCUCGUCGAAAGGAUGUGAUUUCCUUGCUGAGGCUGAGCGGCUGAAGGACGAGUUGCCUGUGCAGCCGAGUUUGGCGUCGGUGCAGGGGACGCUGCUUAUGUAUGAGCGAUAUGCGAUGUCUCGCAACGAUGAUCUGGGCUAUCUUAUGCUCCAUGAAGCUAUUCGUAUGGGCGAGUCGCUAGGACUGGUUGGGAGUGCAGGGCCCCGGAUUACCUCGGAGCAACUCUCGGAGGAUAUGGAUUCUUCGUGCAGGCGGACGGCGUGGGGGUUGUUUAAUAUCGAUACUGUGGUCCAUCCUGGAUUUCUCCGUCCCAGUCUCAUAAGUCACGUCAAUAUGCCCCGCAUCGACCGCAAUCUCCCUGAAGACGAGUCUCUCUGGACGCCCUACCCAUCGCACAGGGAAACGAGGCCAUCUUAUUUGAGCGUGUACUUUGACGAGGCCUGCAAUUUGUCAACUAUUGCGCGCGAUAUUUCGCGUAGUAUGUUUGCAGAUGAGCGCGGUGGGUUUGCACCGCUGCAGCGGCAGAGCCGCGACACUUUGUAUGAGCGGCUGAGACGGUGGGAUGACUUGUUGCCGGAUAUCUUUCGUGGGGAAAGGGUGGCCCCGCAUAUCAUUUUGCUAAAGAUGCGGUACAACACGCUUAUCAUCAACUUGUUCAGCUGCAUCUCCGAGAUGUGUAGAUCAAGAAACACCACGUCUGAAGCACCCAACACGCCCGAAAGUCCACCCAGGCAAACCCCCGAGCCAAACCCGAAGUACAACGCAUGGGAAGUCACACAAACCGCGGCCCGGAGCAUUGUCGCACUCACACGUCUGCAUCGCCGCGAGUUCGGCGUGAGCCGAGCGCAUCAUUUCGCCAUGUAUGCGAUUAACCUCGCCCUGUUCACGAUGCUCGAGCAGGUCUCCUUCAACGUGCUCGACCGGGAUUUUCUCUCAUUGGCCAGUGCGUUUUCGAUCAUGGCGAGUCGCUCUGCGCUGGGCCGGAAUCUGUUUUAUAUUUUCCGGCAGUCGGUACGGGCGAAGGCGCAGGGAAGUCGAAUUCGCGCUGCGAGUUUCAUUCCGGGGGAUUUGAAGGAUUUGUUUGACGAGGAGUCCUCCGCGAAAGGUCAUGGCCGCUUCGAUGAGUAUGCGGAGGGGCUCGAGAAACUGAACCAGGAGGAGAAGUACCGUGGAAUUGAGCGCGGCGAGGGGCAGGGGCUCCAGGGUUACCCUGGCCUAGGAUUGUCCGACAUGCUCGACCGUUACGAGAGCCUGAGUUUGGGCAAAGACAGUGUCUUGUCUGAACGAAAUCGGCAGGUCGGAUGGUAA